AUGGCUUUGCUCCAGUACCAGGCGCCGGUCGACUAUGCCGCCCAAUUGGAUGGCUUCAAGGAUUUUCUUCAGCAUUUCAAGACCCUCCAGUCAUCCUCGGAAGCUGCUGCGACCGAGGCCCUGGAGGAUCUGAACAUUGACGGAAAUCGCACCAGUGACGAAUACGAUUUUAUGGAUGAUGCUGAUGAUGAUGGAGAGGGAGCCCAGACCCGUGGGGCGAGGAGGCGCCGUGAGCCGAAGCUCAAGUACAUGCAGAUUCUGCAGGAUAUCUCCAACCGCGACGCUACAAACAUUGUGAUUGAGCUUGAUGAUCUGGAUAUUUACGAGAAAUCCCUCCCCGAUGAGCAGCAAUCAUUGAACCUUGUCGGGUCAAUCCAGAAAAACACUAAGCGCUAUGUCGACGUUUUCUCGCAGGCAGUGGACUCGGUUAUGCCGAAGGAGACCAAGGAUGUCACAUUCAAGGAUGAUGUCUUGGAUGUCAUCAUGUCGCAACGUGAUAAGCGCAACGAGACGGUGGAGAUGGCGCAGGAGGCCGAUAUGGAUACCGCAGACCCUGCCUCCUUGUUCCCCGCUGAACUCACCCGCCGAUACACCCUCAACUUCAAGCCUCUUACUCCCUCCGGCUCCAGUGACGAUCGGGCCGGUAAGGCCCUCGCUGUUCGAAAUGUGCGCGGCGAGCACCUGGGUAGUCUGAUCACUGUGCGCGGUAUCACCACUCGUGUCUCCGAUGUCAAGCCAGCCGUUGAAAUAAAUGCCUAUACCUGUGACCGCUGCGGCUGUGAAGUUUUCCAGCCUGUCAACACGAAGCAGUUCCUUCCUCUCACCGAGUGCUUGUCCAACGAGUGUAAGACGAACAACUCCAAGGGUCAACUGUUUCUUUCCACCCGAGCCUCCAAGUUUGUUCCCUUCCAGGAGGUCAAGAUCCAGGAGAUGGCAGACCAAGUGCCUGUUGGCCAUAUUCCCCGAUCUCUUACUAUUCACUGCCACGGUGCCCAGACUCGGCAAUUGAACCCUGGCGAUGUCGUUGACAUUGCUGGCAUCUUCUUGCCUACACCCUACACUGGCUUCCGCGCCAUUCGUGCUGGUCUUCUGACGGACACCUACUUGGAGGCCCAGCACAUCACCCAACACAAGAAGUCUUACAACGAUAUCGGCAUGGACAGCCGGACAUUGCGCAAGAUUGAUCAACACAUGAAGUCCGGCCAGAUGUACGAAUACCUGGCGCGAUCUAUCGCUCCCGAGAUUUUCGGACACCUGGACGUGAAGAAAGCACUGCUCUUGCUCCUGAUCGGUGGUGUUAGCAAGGAGAUGGGUGAUGGUAUGCACAUUCGUGGUGACAUAAACAUCUGCCUGAUGGGUGACCCCGGUGUGGCCAAAUCCCAAUUGCUCCGUUACAUUACCAAGGUUGCCCCUCGCGGCGUGUAUACUACUGGUCGUGGUAGCAGUGGUGUCGGUCUCACCGCCGCCGUGAUGAGGGACCCUGUCACGGACGAAAUGAUGCUAGAGGGAGGUGCUCUGGUUCUCGCAGACAACGGUAUCUGCUGUAUUGAUGAGUUCGAUAAAAUGGAGGACUCCGAUCGUACCGCAAUUCACGAAGUGAUGGAACAACAGACCAUUUCGAUCUCGAAGGCUGGCAUCAACACCACACUGAAUGCUCGCACAUCGAUCCUGGCCGCGGCUAACCCCCCUCUACGGCCGUUAUAA